AUGUCCCCACCCACCACCGACGCAGUCCCAGAGAACACGCUCCCCCAAGUACACCGCUACAUAACCACCCACGACACCACCACAAAAAAAGCAAUCUUCUCCUCCGCCGUCCCCUCCACCCAAAAAUUCGACAUCCUCCCCACCGGCGACGCCGCCUUCGGCCUAGGCUACAUCACGAAAGGCUUCCCGGUGGAUCUAAACAACGACGCCGACCUCUCAACCUACACGCCCUACCUGACCAGCUCCCCGGGGCUCGUUGUAUCAGGGGGCACGGUGCUGCGCUACGUGGACAUGAAGCCCGGGCACACGUCGCCUAUGCAUCGUACUGUUUCGUUGGACUAUGGUGUUGUGCUGGAGGGCGAGGUGGAGCUUAUUCUCGAUUCUGGGGAGACGAGGAGGAUGAAGAGAGGGGAUGUGGCCGUGCAGAGGGGCAGUAUGCAUGCCUGGCGGAAUCUUAGUCAGACGACGUGGGCGCGGAUGUUGUAUGUGCUGCAGGAGUGUCGGCCGGUGGUUGUGGGGGGGGAGGGGCUGGGGGAGGAUUAUGGGAGGAUGGAGGGUGUGCCUGCUUCUUCUUAG